CUGAGGGAUCUUGUUUGAAUUUAAAACGAGUUUCUUCCCGCAAAAUUAGAAUAUUACGCUAAGAAAUGAAAGAGUAUUUGUGAGUAGUGUUGUGCGCAUGCCUGAGAAACGUCAAUGUUGAAAAAGACGGGUUACGAGUGUAGUGAGAUUUUUCGAUAAAUUUAUUAAAAAUGAUUUUUAUAAAUUGAUAGUGACUGAAAAUAUAAAAAUGGGCAAAGAUUUCGGUUUGGACGCUAUUUUGGCAGAGCUUAAGCCGUUUGGGAAGUAUAACAUUGUGAAUUAUGCUCUGCUAUUAUUCCCUAUAUAUUUGGCGGGAAUGUAUGGUUCUGUUUUUGUAUUUGAAGCUCCUGAUAUUAAUUACAGGUGCAACAUCCCACAAUGCGAAGGCCUGAACGACAGUGACUGGUUAGAAUACGCAAUCCCACAGGGAAAGAAUGGACUUUCAAAAUGUAAGAUGUAUCAGGCCGCAACAAACAGUAUUGAUACUUGCAAGAUAGAUGACUUCAACAGAUCUGUGGUCGUGAAAUGCCAUGAAUAUGUUUAUAGCGAAGAAUAUUCUGUAGUCAAAGACUUCAACCUGGGCUGUCAAAAUUGGAAAAGAACCCUUAUAGGGACGGUUCAUAACGCAGGUCUUUUUGUAUCACUACCUCUCACAGGAAUUAUAUCAGACAAGUAUGGUAGAAAACUUGCAUUGUCAAUCGCUUCUCUCAUGAAUGGUUUAUUUGGAUUUUUGAGAUCAUUCUCAACUAGCUAUGUAAUGAUGCUUGUAUUCGAAUUUCUAGAAGCUGGUUUAGGUGCUGGUGCAUACAGUACUGCAUUUGUUAUUGCUAUGGAAUUAGUCGGACCUAAAGGCAGAGUUUUUGGUAAUACUUUAAUAAACGGUGUCUACGUUAUGGGCUUAAUGUCCCUAGCCUCUUUUUCCUGGUGGCUUCAAAGCUGGAGAUAUCUAUUAAGACUUAUCUACACCCCGGCACUUUUUGUCGUCUCAUAUUACUGGCUUCUAAAUGAAAGCAUUAGAUGGCUGCUCAGCAAAGGACGUCACCAAGAAGCCGCCGCGAUCAUUAAGAAAGCAGCGAAAAUGAACAAAGUCAAAUUAUCAGAUGAAGUUUUAUCCCCAUUAUAUGAGCUCGAAAAGUUGAAUGUACCUGAAAAUGAAAUAGAAAAAAGUAAAGACAAUCAAGCGAACGACGUGAGUGUUGAAAAAGAACCUUCGAAUUUUAUGAAAGUGAUCAAAUCUAGUAUAAUUAGGAAAAGAGUUGCUAUCUGUUCGUUUCUAUGGAUAACGUGUACUUUCGUGUAUUAUGGACUAUCUAUAAACUCGGUUUCUUUAGCUGGCAACAAAUAUGUGAACUUUAUGCUAGUGGCUUUUGUGGAAAUACCAGCGAAUAUUGUGUGUUUGUUAGUGCUAGACCGAUUUGGAAGAAAAAAAGUGCUUAUCAUUACAUACGUUUUGAGUGCGUGUCUGUGCAUAAGCUUGUCAUUUUUGCCCAAAGAUCAAAAGUGGUUUUCCCUCGUAUUGUACCUAUCUGGAAAAUUCUCCAUCACAGUAUCCUACAGUUCUGUGUACAUCUACGUGUCUGAAGUUUUCCCUACCAACGUUAGACAGUCUCUGCUCGCAGUUUGUUCAUCUUUAGGAAGAGUUGGAUCAACUUUAGCUCCGCUUACGCCUUUACUUACGUUGUACUACGACAAUCUGCCGGCGAUUUUCUUCGGUAGUCUCGCUUUAGUCGCAAGUGUCCUGGUCUUCUCUCUCCCCGAAACAAUCAACGUUCCUCUACCAGACACCGUGGAAGAGGCUGAGAGAUUAUCUAAAAGGAAAAACAGGACCGAAUCAGUUUAAUUUACAGCUACAUGACUGCCACUUACCACCAUGGAGUGGAGACAUUUGCCUUCGCGGCAAAUAUAAAAAAAUAUUUAUAAAAAAGCUUCGAACUCUUCAAAAUUUCAAUCAACAAUAGCUUCUAUUUACAUAUUAUCGUAUUACUUUAUUCUAUUGAUUCUAAUUCUUGAACAUCAUCACAUGACCCUCUAUUAUACUCUAAGUUAAGUUUAAGUUAUAAUUUAUUGUAAACUUGACAAAUAUUAUUUUUAUAGAUAUCGUUUUUAAUGUCAUAAAGUGCCAUAAUUUUUUGUACGUUUGUUGUUUUUGUAUCGAUAUGAAAUGCUCAAUACACUUCCCUGACUGAACAUACAAAUAUUUUAGCAUUUAGAUUUAAUAAGUGAAAUAUAUUUUAUUUCUAUAUAUAAAAAGUGAAUAUCUAUAUUGGCUUGUACCCUUCCCAUUUAUAAAUAUUAUGAUCCUCUGCCCAAAGGUUGCCUGGAAGAGAUCGCUGCUUAGCGAUAAGGCCGCCUGUUGCACCUCAUGCAACUUUUUUUUUUUGUUUAAAAAUUGUAAUUUUUAGUUUUAAGUUUGGGUGCAAUAAAGUGUCAAUAAUAAUAAUAAUAUCUAAAUAGUAAGGUUGUUACAGGAAGCACAUUUAAUAAAUAUAAUAUAAAAAUAGAUUAUGUUAUAUAUAGAAAAUAUUAUACAUAUUGAAAUCAUGUACCUUCGCUUAAAUAAGGAAAACGUACAAAAUAAUUAUAGAAAGCCAACGAAAUGUAAGUCUGAUCGUUUUUUUUUUUUCACACAAUUUAUUUAUUUGUAAUUUUAACAAUCAAACAUUUGUUUGACUAGAAUGAUUGACGAGAACAAAAAAAUUUCGUCAAAAAUGAAUUAAUGCAAAGCAAAUUAAUUUAAAAUAUGAUUAAACGAAAAGGAACGGGAAAAAUAUUCGUAAUGUAUUCCGAUAAUCAAAAUUUUAUUUCCAAAUAUAAAUAAGGAAAAAUACAAACUGUAUUUGUGCGAUAUUGAUAUAUUUGUAGUUUCAACGCUCGAUUUAAUUGGAAAGAAGUUGAUACUGUUGUGGGUAAAGAAAUAAUGCUCGCAAAAUGUAAAGAGAAAAUGCUUUGAACUUUGAAACGCAAAUUAUUAAUAUUUUCCUCAUAGAGACGUACUCGUCCUCCUACUCCUUUGCAAAGUGAGAAUUAUAGACUAUUGAAUAUUAUAAACCUACUUUUAUAAGUGAUUUUUUAUAAUAUUAUAAAGAAAUAAUUAAUAUUGUUCACACUGAUAUACUGUGUUGUUUGUAAGAGCUUUAUGAAGUAAAUUUGUAUAUUUUAUUGUUUAAAUAACAAAACAAACAAGAUUAGAUUUAAAAGCGCCUUUUAAAUUAUUACAGCAAUAAAAUUAUAUCGCGCUGCACAAGUUAAGUGUAAGGCGCAUCUCGAAUGUUACAAUAA